AUGAAUGAGAAACUCAAGUUUGAGAAUAUCAUGGUUAAUGUAGAAUUGACUCAAUACAAACUUGCUAAUGCUGAAGUGUCUCCAAGUUCCUCCUCUGAAUAUUUGCCUAAAUUUAAUGAGGAUUUUGAAAAAUUAAAAUAUGAUCUUGACGAGUUAAGAAUUGAAAAGGCAAAAGUGGAGAAGGAACUUGAGCUUCGAAAAGAAAGAAGCAUUAGCCAGUUUGGAAUUCCUAAGUGGAUAGAGAAUGCUCAAACCAAAAGAACUGAAGGUCUAGGAUUCAUAAGUUCUAAGCAUAAGGGCAAGAAAAAAUAUGUAGACCUGCCUAGUUAUAAAGUAUGUACCUUCUGUGGUAAAACUGGUCAUCUUGUUGCCACUUGUAACAAGAAGGAACAGUCUGUUAGUAAGAAUGUUAGGCAAGUUUGGGUCCUAGUGAGGGGGAACAACACGUGGUACCUCGACAGUGGUUGUUCAAAGCAUAUGACAGGAGAUAAAUCAAAGUUUCUCUCACUAGAGGCCUAUCCAGGAGGAUCUGUGACCUUUAGAGACAACAAAAAAGGUGAAGUAAUUGCUAAAGGAAAAGUAGGAAGGUCCAGUUCUCAUUCAAUAGAAAAUGUACCUUUGGUCGAGGGUUUGAUGCACAAUUUGCUGAGCAUAUCACAAUUUUGUGAUAAAGGAAACUCUGUAAGUUUUACCUCUGAUUCAUGCAACAUCAUUAAUGAUAAAACAGGAAGGGUUGUUCUUGAAGGAACUAGAAAAGGGAACACAUACAUUGUGGAUCUAAAUUCUGUUCCAAGGAACAACCUUACCUGCUUGAGUGCCAUUAAUGACGAUCCCUUAUUAUGGCAUAAACGUUUUGGACAUGCUAGCUUCUCACUCAUGGAUAAACUUAGAGCAAGGAACUUGGUUAUAGGGCUUCCCUCAGUCAAGUUCCUCAUACAACAUAUCUGUGAUGCAUGUGUGAGAGGCAAGCAAAAUUCAAGUGGAAAUCAAAUUAUCCACAUUCGAUCAGAUCAUGGAACUGAGUUUGAGAAUUCAAGAUUCGAUGACUUUUGCAAAGAAAAUGGCAUGGAUCAUAACUUUCCAGCCCCAAGAACUCCUCAACAGAAUGGAGUUGUUGAAAGGAAUAAUAGGACUCUAGAAGAUAUGGCAAGAACUAUUCUCAUAGCAAGUGGUCUUCCAAGAAACUUCUGGGCUGAAGCUAUUAAUACUGCAUGUUAUACUAUUAACAGGGUUAUGAUGAGACCAAUCAUCAAUAAGACUCCUUAUGAACUGUUUAAGGGCAGGAAACCCAAUAUUUCUCACUUUCAAGCUUUUGGAUGCAGGUGCUUUGUUCAUAAUAAUUGGAAAAGGAACAUAGGAAAAUUUGAUGAAAGAAGUGAUGAAGCUGUGUUCCUUGGCUAUGCAUCAAAUAGCAAAGCUUACAGAGUUUACAAUAAAAAUACAUUGUGUGUAGAAGAAAGCAUUCAAGUGAUAUUUGAUGAAUCUAAUAUGUUUAUGAAUGUGCAGGAACAAGACAAUAAUGAUUAUGAAAUUGGUAUGAUUAGAGACAGGGAAGAAGAUGAAGAAACCUCCAAGCAAACCAAGGAAGUAAGAGAGGAACCUGAGCAAGAACAUAAAGAAAAUGCUGAAGUUCCAAAUCAAGAAAACCCGGAGGAACGAGAUCAUGGAGAACCUGGCAACAAGGAAAAUGGAGAAGAAAUUGAAGAAGAAGUGCCUCAAAUAGGAGUUCCUGCCAGAGAAUUUCAACCAAAGCCAUUCAGAUAUCGAGGCUCUCAUCCAACAUACCUUAUUAUAAGUGAUAUUGGUAGAGGAACUCAAACCAGAUCACAGUUGAGGAACUUCUGUCCGAGGCAUUUUAAUGUGCAAAGAGAGUCCCAUCCUCGCCAAUGA